AAUAUCUCAAGGGAUUCCUAGAUCGAACAGGACUACCUAUGAGAGAAUUUGUUGUCAAGAUUAAAGAGAUGGAAGAAAGCAAUAUUAUUCGAAGUUGUUAUGCAGACACUAUCAAAUGUAAUAGUGAUGAUUUCUUGAAGAUGAUUUUACUUGAUGCUUGUUUCAUAAUUGAGCUUUUUCUAAGAUGGAAUAAUAACAGUGAAUGGAAGGGAAAAGACCCUCUAAUGCUAAACCCAUGGAUGCUAACCUAUGUUGACCUUGACUUGUUGCUACUGGAAAAUCAACUUCCUUUCUGUGUCCUUGAAAAGCUUCACAAUCUCACUGGUAUGGAUGAGAAAUUUCUUGACAUUACUUUCAGCUAUUUUGGGAAUAGACUUUUCGGAAGCGUGAGUCCGGGAGAGAGUCCAAAACACUUCAAUGAUUUGUUAAGAACUUCUAUAAUAUCAUCAUCAAAGCUUGGUCUUGGAAAACCAGAAGAAUGCAAACAAAUUAUUAAACAUGUAUACAGUGCAAGCCAACUCAUGGAGGCAGGUCUUGAGUUCAAGCUCAGUCCAAAUAAAAGCUUACUUGACUUGACCUAUUCUAAAUAUGGAGUGCUGAGCAUGCCAAGCUUGGAUAUACAUGACAAUUCUGAAGUUUUGUUCAGGAAUAUUAUGCAAUAUGAACAUUGCCACUUUUCUGCUACAAGCAUCGUUACUCAAUAUCUAGCGAUUCUAGAUUUUCUUAUCAAUACUGAAAAAGAUGUGAAUAUACUUGUUGAUAAGAAAAUUAUUGUGAAUUGGACUGGUGAUGCUAAUAAAGUGGCUACAAUGAUUAAUGAUCUGAGCUCUCAACUUCACAUGCCAUUUUUCAAUUCCCACUAUUUCACCCUCUGCAAUAACUUGAAUGAUUUCUAUGAAAACCCUUGUAACAAGUAUAAGGCUAUCUUCAUACACGACUACUUCAACACGCCUUGGAAAAUAGCAUCUACUAUUGCUGCAAUUAUGCUACUUUUCCUCACAUUUAUUCAGACUGUAUGUUCAAUUGUCUCACUUUUUCAUGGUAAUUAAUGGGAUUGAUGGUUAAGGGAAGAAGACGUUGAUGAUUGUAUUUUAUUGUCUCAGUUGUAUUUGUAAGAGAACCUAGUGAUUUACUUUGUUGUUG